GAAUUUUUUCAGUAACAAGCGGACCACGAAAGACAUCGCAUCGAAUAACUUACUUUUUCAUCGCAACAAAGUGAAAUAAAGCAUAUUUCAGCAAUGGAUUGCGGCGGCGUCUUUGUAAAAUAUGUGCUCUUCAUAUUCAACAUACUGUUCGUGAUAUGCGGCAUUUUGCUCAUCACCUUCGGCUCCAUCAUGGUGUCCACCAUAAAGGACUUCUCGGGUGUCGGUGAGACCUUCACGGCCAACAGCGUGGCUAUCGUCAUCCUGGUCCUUGGCUGCAUCGUCUUCCUGGUGGCCUUCAUGGGAUGCUGUGGCGCCAUUCGCGAGAAUUCCUGUGCUCUGACCUCGUACUCUGUGGUCAUGCUGGUACUGCUGGUCAGUCAGCUGGCCCUCAUCAUCUACGUGUGGGUGGACCAUGUGCAGAUACAGCACUCCUUGGAGAAGAUCGUCCAGACCAUCUGGGAUCAACGCAAAACCGAUGCCCUCCUCAUGGACACACUGCAGCGAUCGUUCAAGUGUUGUGGCUUGAACGGCUUCAUGGAUUACGGCGUUACGUAUCCCGCCUCCUGCUGCGACUCGCCCUCCAAUGGAACCUGUGCACUAACCCAAGUUGCGACGCGCUCCAGCUGUCUGAAAGCCGUGGACUCGUUCUGGGACACCAACGUGAGCAUCAUCAAGUACGCCGGCUUGGGUGUGACUGCUGUUGAGCUUGUGGCCUUCAUUUUCGCCUGUUGCUUGGCCAACCAGACCCGCAACUCCCAGAGACGCCAGAACUACUAAGGAUAAAGUUUCAUUAGUAGUAUUCAGUAGUAUUAGCACUAUCUCCCGACCUAUGGUCCUACCAAAGGGCUUUGUAGAAUAUUUUCCCAAAGAGAAAAAUAAAUGAAAUACCUCGACUGUAAGAAUCCCCUUACUUACCCAAUGAUAGUGCAAGGGAGAUCGGGUUAUGGAAAAAUGAAAGCGACUGCUUCAGAGAUAUCAUAUGAGCUGCACCUAGCGGUUACAUUUAUAUAUAACAACGCCUCUUAACUUAAGAACCUAAAGUAGGUUGUGUAUGGUAAUGCUAGGUGUUAACUUAAUAAAUAUCCGUAUCCAUA